AUGACUACAGGCUGGUUUCGUCGAUCGGCAGCUACGUUGCUAUUCCUGGUUUGUUGUGCAGCAACCUGUUCCGCGGCCGAACUUCGCGUUUUAUUCCUGGGCGACAAUGGUCACCACAACCCUCCGGCUCGAUACGCGCAGUUGAAGCCGGUGUUCGACACGCGGGGAAUUGAACUCGUCUACACCGAUGAAGUCGGCGAUCUGAACCCCAAGACCCUCGCCGACUACGAUGCCCUGCUGCUGUACGCGAACAUCGACGAAAUCGCGCCCGAGCAGGAACAGGCCCUGUUGAACUACGUGGCUGCUGGCGGUGGAUUUGCUCCCAUUCAUUGCGCAACCUACUGCUUUCGCAAUGCACCGGCUGUCGUGGACCUGAUGGGUGCCCAAUUCGAGCGACACGGGACGGGUGAUUUUCGCACCCAAAUCGCUGAACCAGAACAUCCAGUGAUGCAGGGUUUCCAUGGGUUCGAAAGUUGGGACGAAACCUAUGUCCAUCAUCUGCAUAACGAACGCAAUCGGGUAGUGCUGUCAUACCGCGUCGAUGAUGAAGGUCGCGAGCCGUGGACUUGGGUCCGCAAUCAAGGUCGUGGAAGGGUCUUCUACACCGCUUGGGGACACGAUGAACGCACAUGGGGCCACCCCGGCUUUCAGAAUCUUCUCGAACGCGGUAUCCGUUGGGCCGCGGGGAAAGACCCGACCGCCGCUGGUCCUUACGCCGCCGACCGACCGUUCCCCACACCAGAGAUGACAUCUCCGCGUGACGAUGUGGAUGCGUUUGAGUACACGGACGUGGGGGCAAACAUUCCAAACUAUUUUCCGUCAGACAAAUGGGGAGCGCAAGGUGAACCCAAGAGCACCAUGCAGCUUCCACUUUCGCCGCAAGAGUCGUUGAAACACUUCGUGACGCCGCAAGGAUUCCACGUCGAACUCUUCGCCGCCGAACCAGAUCUAGGUGGCAAGCCCAUCGCCAUGACUUGGGACGAACGCGGUCGACUCUUCGUCUGCGAGACCUUCGACUACCCGAACGAACUACAGCCACCUGGAAAGGGCCGCGACCGGAUUCGAAUUUGCACCGAUACCGAUGGCGAUGGUGUGGCCGACCGUUUUCAGGUAUUCGCUGAAGACUUAAGCAUCCCCACCGCCAUCACGCUUCAUCGCGGCGGCAUGAUCGUGCAGAGUGGUAGCGAAACGCUAUUCCUUAAAGAUCUCGACGGCGACGAUCGGGCCGACCAGCGUGAGGUGCUCAUCGAGAACUGGAACGUCCGCGAUACCCACGGGGGUGUGAGCAACUUCCGCUAUGGCCUGGACAAUUGGAUCUGGGGAAUGCAGGGCUACAACCCUUCGCAGCCGGUGAUCGAUGGCCAGAAGCAACAAGCCAUUCGCAUGGGAUUCUUCCGGUUCCGGCUCGACAACAGUGAUCCUCCCCGCGUGACCGAGUUCGAAUUCCUCCGCUCGACCGACAACAAUACCUGGGGACUGGGGCUCAGCGAAGAGGGGCUCGUGUUCGGAUCGACUGCCAACCACAACCCCAGCGUCUUCAUGCCGAUCCCCAAUCGGUACUAUGAAAAGGUCCGCGGCUGGACGCGUUCGCUGGUGUUAAGUUCCAUCGCCGAUACUCAUCUCUUCCAACCGAUUACCGAGAACGUACGGCAGGUCGAUCACUUCGGAGGGUAUACCGCAGGGGCCGGGCACGCACUCUAUACCGCCCGAGGCUACCCGGCCGAGUACUGGAAUCGAACUGCCUUCGUCAACGGUCCCACAGGCCAUCUGAUUGGCACGUUUGUGCUCACACCACAGGGGAGCGAUUUCCGCUCCACGAGUCCCUUCAACUUGUUGGCCAGCGACGACGAAUGGUCGGCCCCCAUCCUGUCCGAAGUUGGACCCGACGGGAACGUGUGGGUCAUCGACUGGUACAACUACAUCGUACAGCACAACCCCACACCACGAGGCUUCGAAACCGGCAAGGGCCAAGCCUACGAGACCGAACUGCGGGACAAGAAGCACGGUCGCAUCUAUCGCGUUGUGUACCCCACGAAUAACGCCCCCCCUGCCCUGCAUCUAACAGGUGCAACACCUCAGCAGUUAGUCGAGUCUCUUUCGCACCCCACGAUGCUCUGUCGCCAGCAGGCCCAGCGGUUGCUAGUCGAACAGCACGCGACGUCGAUCUCACCGCAGUUGAUUGAGUUGGUUGGCGAUACCAGUGUUGAUGAAAUUGGGCUGAACACGGGGGCCAUCCACGCCUUGUGGACGAUCCAUGGCCUGGGCUUGCUAGACGGAACCAACAAGGAUGCAAGUAAGGCGGCGCUCACCGCACUGCAUCAUCCUUCGGCUGGCGUUCGUCGCACGGCGAUUCAGGUUCUACCGCCAGUAGAAGAAUCGACUCAGGCAGUGAUCAAAGCGAAGCUCUGCUUUGAUCGAGAACCGCAAGUUCGGCUGGCCGCACUCUUGGCGUUGGCCGAUCUUCCAGCAGUGCCCGAGGCAGGAGAACACCUCGUCGAAGUAAUGCAGCUUCCGCAGAACGAGGGCGAUCGCUGGAUCCCCGAUGCCGCGACAUGUGCUGCUGCUAACCAUAGCGUGCCAUUUUUGAAGGCCCUCGCCUCAUCGAAGGUGCAAUCAGGCCCGCUCCUGGAAACGGCCACCGUCGUGUCGGAACACUUCGCCCGCGGUGAGCCGGUGAAUGACGCCCUCACUCUUUGCGAGAGUCUCCAAGAUGCGCACCCUGCGAUUUCAGGCGCGAUCAUCCGCGGACUGGCGGCCGGUUGGCCAGAAGAUCGCGAACUUGCUGAAACAGCGGGCAUCGAAUCCCUCGUGGCCAAGCUUCUCCCCCAGCUUUCUGUGGCCGAUCGGGGUUUGCUCAUUCAACUCGCCACUCGUUGGGGAAGCGAUUCGCUAGAUGAAUACAUCGCACAGGUCCGUGAGGCUCUCUUAAACCAACUCGAUGACCCAGACGCAUCGCUUGAACAACGUAUGACUGCAGCCCAACAAUUCGUCGCGUUCGAUGUCGAAGAUCCGGAUGCCGUCUCUGAGAUUCUAGAACGCAUCACGCCACAAACCUCUCCUGAGCUUGCAAUCGCUCUGCUGCAGUCACUCGGACAAUGCGAGACAGACGAACUGGGCCCUCAACUCGUCGGGCACUUGUUGCAACUUACGCCCGCCACGCGUCCAGCAGCCGUAACGGUUCUACUGAUGCGACCUGCUUCCACGAUGGCAUUACUCAAGGGAAUCAACGAGGGUGUAAUUCGCCUCAGCGAGUUGUCCCCCGAUCAGCGACAGAUGCUGAUGGAUCAUCCAGAUGGAACCGUGCGAAUGACGGGACGAGCCGUGCUCAGCCGCGGAGGUGCCUUACCCAGUGCCGAUCGACAACAGGUGAUCGACGAUCUGCUCACACAGGUCGUGCAACAAGGAAGCCCGACUGCGGGCAAGCAAGUCUUCAAAAAACAUUGUGCCAAGUGCCACCAGCAUUCUGGCGAAGGUGAACACAUCGGUCCUGAUUUGACUGGUAUGGCGGUCCACCCGAAGGAGGAACUCCUAACACAUAUCCUCGACCCCAAUCGCAGCGUCGAGGGCAAUUUCCAGAUCUACACCGUCAUCACGUCCGACGGUCGCGUGCUGAGCGGCAUCCUCACCUCCGAAACCCAAACCACCGUGGAACUGCUCGACGCCGAAGGCAAGCGUUCCACAAUUCUGCGAGAAGAUAUCGACGCGUUAGCCCCCUCAACCAAGUCGCUCAUGCCCGAGGGAAUCGAAAAGUUGGCCACUGCGAAAGAACUCCGUGACUUGCUCGAGUUUCUCACCCAACGUGGAAGGUUCUUGCCAUUGGACAUUGCAAAGGCGGCGACCAUCGCCAGCGACCGGGGCAUGUUCAACAGCACCGAAGCCAGCGUCGAACGAUUAGUCUUCGACGACUGGUCACCUCACACGUUUGCUGGUGUGCCAUUCCGCUUGGUUGAUCCCCAUGAUGGCAUUACACCUAACGUCAUCAUGCUCCAUAGCCCGAACGGCAACGUCUGUCGCACGAUGCCCAAGACGGCCGAGUUACCCUGUAACGGUAUCGUUCAGACGAUCCACAUGCUCAGCGGUGUCAGCGGUUGGGGCUACCCGGCAAGCAGCGAGAACAGCGUCUCGUUGAUCGUACGACUGCACUACGCUGGCGGACAGCAGGAAGAUCACCCGCUCCUAAACCGGGAACACUUCGCCGACUACAUUCGCCGUGUCGAUGUUCCGGGAAGCGAGUUCGCCUUCGCCCUGCGUGACCAACAGGUGCGAUAUCUUUCCAUCUCUCCGCAGCGCGCGAAACCGAUCGAAAGAAUCGAGUUCAUCAAAGGUCCCGACCGCACAGCACCGGUCAUCAUGGCAGUCACCCUCGAAGCACCCGAUGCAGAAGAAGCCCACCAGGUUCGCGACGUAUUCAGCGCGUUGCUCGAAGCCGCUGGGCGAGAAGGCUACGCUUCGGCCGAAGCCGUGGACAGCGAACAGCCGGUCGAAGAACAGAUUCAAACCACGUGGACCGACUGGUUCAACCUCGAGCGCGUCAGCGGUCGCUACAAGACCGAGAAAAAUGCCGAGACCCUACGACAAGAGUACGGCGACCUUCUCGUUCGAGCGCACGGGGAAGACGGGUACACGCGUCCACAGGACUUCUUAAACAGCCUCAGCAAAGAAGAGCUGGAAACAGUCCAAACAAUUCAUCGACUGGCCGACCCCAUCAAUGUGAAUGGCCUAACCGAAGAAGGCUCACUCAACCUGCUGCUACCCCCGCCAGCACAGGUUGAUUUGAACCACGACGGGCUGACCCGCUCGGGGCUUGCCUACGGUCUUCGAUUUCCGGACAGCACCACUCCACCUGAGGUCACCUCUGCCUGGGAAGAAGCGACCGCGAACAUGCCUCUGGGCGAACGGAUGACCUUCGAGCUUCAGAUGAAGCUCCCGGUGCUGUUCGCCAACUUCUACGUCGACGAAAACGGGGCCUACUCGCAUCACUUCGAGCCGGGCGACCCCGAGUUUCGCAACCCCAUGGCCGACCCUGACUACUCCUACUUCAAUGCCACACAGGCUCAACUCGACGGUCUGGAAUUCUCAAAGAACCUGAUACCGCAAAACGAGUACGAGCGACGGACCGAGUUCUGGACCCUCUUCCAGGGCUUGCUGGAUGAGAAAGGUGAAUGGACAUACAUGUCGCACCUCUCUUCCGAAGACGAAGCCGCACUGAUUCGACUGGCGACCGCACUGGUCGAUCAGCAAAAGGCCCGGGUGAUCGUUGAACCGCAACAGCGGGCCUCGGGCUUCUGGUUCGGAGGCGGAAACAUGGUGCAGGCCGAAGAUGGUUCGCUGCUGGUUGUGGGACGAUACCGCAACGCCGGCGAUUCGCGAACCGGCACCGCUGCAGGUGAGCGAGGACUCGAAUUGGCUGUAUUUCGCGCAUCCGAUGCAGCGGGAAUCUUCGAGAAGUUGCUCACUUUCGCCAAGGCCGAUUUGGCGAUCGGGGAGCGUGGUGUACUCUCGAUCGAGGGAGCCGCACUGAGAUUGUCAGCGGACGGGGCUGCUGAACUGUUUGUGUCAACUGAGAAGUCGGGCAUCGCAUACCCACCGGGCCUGGAAGAGUUUCUAAAACCCGGCACUGGCGUGUGGACUAUCGAUCGAAUGCAUGCCAACUCGUUGGAAGGCCUAAAAGACGCAUCGAUCGGAACGGUGCUCGAAACGCAAGACCCGCAGUUCAUUCACAUCAAAGAUCCCUAUCUCUACGAAGACCAAGACGGUGAACGCAUGCUGCUGUUUUGCAGCCAUCCCUUCUGUUGGUCGAGUUCGAACAGCGGCUGUGCGGUGCUGCACGAUGGCCACGUGGUGCCCAACUCCAUCCGUUACGACUUCUUCUCCCGCGGCUACACCUGGGAUGUGGCCAUGACGCGCGGGACCUGCAUCGUUGACGUACCUAAAGUCGGGCGAUUCUCCGAUCGCAAUGUGUCGUUGCUCUUCUACGAUGGCGGCGAGUGUGUGCGGGACCUCGAGGAACAUGCAUCCGCGGUUAAACGCCCGCGAGGCUACUCCUGCGAAGAACUAGGAGGGCUGGCCUAUCUGGUCGAUGGGGACUUCAACCGCAUCGAACGUUUAUCUCGCGAACGCCCGAUGUUCGUCAGCCCCUGGGGCACCGGCUGCAGCCGCUAUGUCGAUGUGCUGGCCACCGCGGAAGGGCUGCACGCAUUGAUGGAACAACGGUUCGGACUCACAACUCCUCUCAUUCGCGUUGUGAAGUGGGCGUUGCUGGCGGGGGCCUAUAGCUGUCUGACGCUACUCGACGCAAAGGGGCCUUUCCCGCAUAUGCCCCCCAUUCCGUCGUCACUAGACGCGGUCCUCUCGUUUGCCAUCGCCGUAUUGAUUGCCUUUCGUGUCAAUCGAGCUUACGAGCGGUGGUGGGAAGCUCGUUCGCUGUGGGGCACGCUAGUCAACGUGAGCCGCAACCUGGCCGUGAAGACCCGCGCACUUCUGCCAGAUGAUCCUGCUCAACGGCAGUUCGUACGCAACACGAUCGUGGCCUUCAGCCUGGGGCUCCGCGAUCACCUUCGCGCAAAAGCCGAGUUGCAGAAACUGCCGGGCUUCGAGAACGACCCCGCCACUCCGGCCCACGUUCCCAGCUAUAUCAUGCGUCGGCUAUACGAGCGUUUCGAACAAUGGAAGGCCGCCGGAACUCUGAGCGAGGAGCAUUUCUGGGUGCUCGAUCGAGAGUCGCGUGUGUUUCUCGAUGUGAGCGGAGCCAGCGAAAAAAUCAGGAACACGCUGAUGUCGGUAUCCUGGCACCGUUUUUCACAGCAGUGCAUUUUGCUCUACCUUAUUGUUUUGCCCUGGGGGCUUGUCGACGAUUUUGGCUUUCUGACCAUCCCCCUAACGAUCGUGGCCGCCUAUUUCGUCAUCGCCGGCGAAGGCAUUGCCCAGUACGUUGAACGCCCCUUCGGAACGGACGAAGACCACCUCGAUCUCGAAGGCAUCAUCAACGUUAUCGAUGUACGGAAGAUGAACGAGUCUAAGCCGCGCGUCAAUCGGCGGCGAUUCUUGAAACUCUCGGCCACCGCAAUUUCAGCCCCGAUGAUCGUGCCCGCCUCGGCCCUGGGGCGUGACGGCGAAACCGCGCCCAGCAACCGCAUCAAUGUCGGCAUCGUGGGGCUCGGCUCGCGGGGCUUCAAUCUGUUGUAUGAAUUCCUUGGGCAUCAAGACGCCCGAGUGACAGCGCUGUGUGAUGUGCACAAACUGCAUUAUCGGGACUUACCCUGGGGGAAAGGUCCCUCCAUGGGACGCGAUGGUGCUCGCGAUGUCGUGGCAAAGCUCUUCACCGCGGAUAAAACUACCUCGGACCCGAAGUCGCUAUUCAUCACCGAUGACUUCAGCGAAGUCUGCCUCCGCGACGACAUCGAUGCCGUAGUGGUGGCCACGCCCGAUCACUGGCAUGCCCUGUGCACGUUGAAAGCGCUAGCGGCGGGCAAAGACGUGUACUGUGAGAAACCGCUCACACAUACCUUCACCGAAGGGCAAGUCGUCUGCCAGGAAGUCGCGCGCCGCAAGGCGGUGUUUCAAACAGGCUCGCAGCAACGCUCCGAUCCGCGGUUCCAGCACGUGGUUGAACUGGUGAGAAACGGUCACCUGGGGAAAAUCAGUCGCGUCGAAGUCGGCCUGCCGCCGGGUUAUUCCGAGCCAAUGGGUGACCCAACGGUAGCCGAACCGCCUGAGCAUUUGGAUUACGACCUGUGGUGCGGCCCCUCGCCGGUGCUUCCAUAUAUGCGUGCCCGUCACCAUCGAUGGUGGCGUGGGCAUCGGGCCUAUGGUGGUGGCGUACUGAUGGAUUGGAUUGGGCACCACAACGAUAUCGCCCAUUGGGCCCUCGACGUCGACCGGCUAGGCCCCUCGCGCAUCGUGUCCGUAGGCUGGACGUUCCCAGACACCAAUGUCUACAACACGCCCGAGAACUUCGAAAUUCGCUGCACCUAUGCCAACGGCGUGGAGAGUUCGAUCUCCAAUCGCAAUGAGUUGGGCACCCGACUGAUCGGCGAAGACGGCUGGGUUUACGUACGACGCGGCCGCUCGGAGGCAUCCGAUGAGCGUUGGUUGAAACCUGGAUUUAACCCCGGCCCUAAAAAAGUUGUCACUUCACCGGGCCAUACGCGAAACUUCCUCGACUGCAUGAAGACCCGCGAGGAGUGCAUCGCACCGGCUGAAGUCGCCCAUCGUUCAAUCUCGCCGGGGCACCUAGGCUACGUAUCGCAAGCAGUUGGCCGCCCGUUGAACUGGGACGCCAAGAACGAGCAAAUCAUCGAUGACAGCGAGGCCGACUCACUGCUUCGUGAAGUCUCAUACCGCGAGCCAUGGUCGCUAAUAAACACCUAG